AGAGGCCUGGUGCCCGCGUCAAGUGGCAGGCUGCGGCCUGGAAGGGGCGGUGCUCGGGAUCCUCCUGGCCGGACCGCCCAGAACCGAAAGCAGCAGCGGGCCGUGGGGAGGAAGGAGAGGCGGCUCCAGGGCUGGAAGGUGAGAGCCGGCCCGGAAUGUCCGCCCGGCCGCCGCCUGCGGGCCAUGGCUCUGCGGCUGGUCGUCCACUUCGACGUGCGAGCGGACGUGCUCCCGAGUCUGCCGGGCCAGGAGGCGACGGCGGCCGCAGGAGGCGGCGCAGGUGUUUUAGAAACAGCUCAGGAGAGCUUACGUGUACUAAACAUUGAAAGAAAUGGAAACAUUAUUUAUACCUAUAAGGAUAAUAAGGGAAAUGCUGUUUUUGGAUUAUAUGACUGCCAAACCAGACAGAAUGAGGGUCCCACUACACAGUCCAGGACAGCCUCCAACCUGUCACCCUUCUGCUCAGCCUCUGGAUGGUUGGGGUUACUGCAUCUGUACACCUUUGAGAAGGACAUGCAAGCUGUCAGCUGCUCUGUCAACAGUGAGAGAACCUUGCUUGCUGCAAGUUUCAUUCAGUAUACUAAAGAAGGAGUAAGGAAUGAGCUUCAGCCAGGAUCAAAGUGCUUAACUUUGCUGGUUGAAAUUCAUCCUGUCAACAAUGUGAAGGUUCUGAAAGCAGUGGAGAGCUGUAUUUGGGUACAGUUCCUCUACCCACAUGUUGAAAGUCAUCUUCUACAGAACCACCUGUUACUGAUUUCAGAAGAGAAAUAUAUUGAUCGGUUUCAUAUCCAGAUCACAAGAGAAGAUGGAAACAGAGUGGUAAUUAGAAAUUCUAGCCAUCUCCUAAGAGACAGAAUAGCUGAAGAUUUUAUUUGGGCUCAGUGGGAUAUGUCAGAGCAGAGAGUAUACUACAUUGAACUGGAGAAAUCAAAGAGUGUCUUGAAAUGCAUCCAGUUUUGGGCAGACGAAAGCUUUAAUUUAAUGUUUGAAAUGCCCUUGGACAUAUCAUUGAGUGGCUUAGGAUUUAAAUUUGUCAACUUUGGAUAUGAUUAUUAUCAAGACCAAGAGAAGUUAUGCAGUCAGCCUUCUCUGUGCAUUUUUACCAACCACACAGGGAGUUUGUGUGUAUGUUACAGCCCAAAGUGUGACUCUUGGAAAGAAAUCACAUAUUCAGUGUUUUACCUUCACAAAGGAUACAGAAAGACCUUUACUGCUGCUUCUGGGAGUGCUGACUCACACGUGACAAAGGGCAUUACUUUUCUCAACCUUGGCUGCCUUGUGGCUGUUUACUUCCCUGGCCAUUUCCUCCACUUACUUAACAUUCAGCACCCAGACUUGAUCUGCCACAGUCUGUUUCUGACAGGAAACAACAAAAUGGCUGCUGUGCUACCUCCCGGUCCUUGGCAGUCUCUGCCGGGGUCCCUGAUACUGGACUGCUCUUCUGGAAAGGUCUACAGAGCAGCCCUUGACCAGUCAUACUUGAUGUGGCUCCUAUGGAACACCCGCCUGGACUGUGAGAAGAUGGCCGCACUGCACUGUGUACUCUCUUGUGGUCGAGACCCAGGUUUCCAGGAAGAUCAGAUUGUUCAAUGGAUUUGUGAGCAUGUCUCUGGCUGCCAUUCAUUUGACCUCAUUCAGGAAUUUCUAAUUGCUUCUUCCUAUUGGAGUGUGUAUCCAGAGAUGAGUGACGUGGACAUGCUCUUACCGUACUCCUCUGUGCUGACUUGGAAAGGAGAAAUUCCUGGAAUAACACUUGUGACAGAAGAGCUCCCAUUGCCUCUUAUGAAGGUCUACAGCUUGAAGGGGUACUGGGCAAAGCUGAACUCCAACCUCGAGUAUAUCAAGUACACGAAGCCUCACUUACACUAUCACAACAGUGUUGUGAGGAGAGAAUGGCACAACCUGGUCUCUGAAGAGAAAACAGGAAAAAGAAGGUCCACGACGUACGUGAAGAACAUCCUGGACAAUGCAAUAAAGGUGAUUUCUAACAUGGAAACGAGGACAUUGGAGCCAAAGUUAAUACCCCUCUUACAGGAAGAAGACAGGCACCAGAGGCUGCUCAUGGGUCUGAUGGUGUCUGAGCUAAGAGACCAUCUACUGAGACACCUACAGGGCGUAGAAAAGAAGAAAAUUGAACAGAUGGUUCUGGACUACAUUUCAAAACUGCUGAAUCUCAUUUGGUGCAUGUUGGAAACCAGUUGGAGGAAACACAGUGUGCAUCCUUGGGUUUUCCACCUCAAUAACCAUGGCAGUGCUGCAGAUUUUGAAGUCUUUCAUCUCAUGACCAGGAUUUUGGAUGCUGCUAACAGCCUGUGUUGCCCCCUGCCUCCUGGUUUCCACUCUCUGCACAUGAUUCUUGGCGUGCACUGUCUCCCUUUGUACAAUCUGCUGCACUACAUUGACAAUGGGGUGCUGUUGCUCACUGAAACAGCAGUUAGAAGACUUAUGAAAGAUCUGGACAAUUCAGAGAAAAAUGAAAAGUUGAAAUUCGGCAUCAUUGUGCGGCUUCCUCCGCUUAUUGGCCAGAAGGUCUGCCGGCUCUGGGACCAUCCCAUGAGUUCCAACAGCAUUUCACGGAACCAUGUGGCGCAGCUGCUGAAGAACUACAGGAAAGAGCCUCGACACUCUAUGAUUGGCAAGUCAUCAUUCCCAGUAGAAUUUCUGCCUCUGAACUAUUUCAUUGAAACGCUGACCGGCCUAGAGUCUUCCCACCAAGCUCUGUGUGAUUUUGAAGGCCAUGACAAUGUGGAUGCAGAAUUUGUAGAGGAAGCUGCUCUGAAACACACCACAGUGCUUUUGGGCUUAUGAAAGCCAGUGUGCAGAUGGACUGCUUUCAGUGUUUUAAUACUGUUUUCACCUCCUUUUCCUGGGAAUUCUUCAGCAGUCUUUAAAAUUAAUAACAAGCUGGAAUAUGCUUCAGAGUGUUUGGGCUUCACUUGUUCAAACAGAGCCAGCUGCUACAUGCCUUUCCAGUGUGAGCAGCCAGUGAACAAUCAAGAGUAAUGACAAACAGUUUCUAUGUACUGUGACAGGAGCAGUUCUCUUCCUGGUGGCUCAGUAGGCUGGAAACUAGUUCUGUGGCACUCCAGAAUCAAAUAAAAACCAUAGGGGACAAUGCUUAGGACAGGAAGAGCUAGACAGAUCACUGGAAAAAACAUAAAAUGAGAAGAAAAUGUAAUGCUGAAAAGAGGAUUUGAGAAGAACCUGUAUUUGGACUAAACAAGAUCUGCCAUCUGCAGUAUUGAGUAAUUGUGACAAAUCAUGAUUUGUACACACAGGACUUAAAGCAGCCUCUGCCUUUGUGGUGGUUUAAAUGGAUCUGUAUGUAGCUUGAGUUUUCCUGACUGGGCACGGUCAGGACAAAUCUCUGACACCCGCCAGUCCCACAGCCAUUCAAACCCGACCAAGUAAACACAGAGACUUAUAUUGGUUACAAACUGUAUGGCCGUGGCAGGCUUCUUUCUAACUGUUCUUACAGCUUAAAUUAAUCCAUUUCCAUUAAUCUAUACCCUGCCACAUGGCUUGUGGCUUACCGGCAUCUUUACAUGCUGUUUCUCAUCAUGGCGGCUGGCAGUGUCUCUCUCACCCGGCUUCCUGUUCUCUCAAUUCUCCUCUCUGUUAGUCCCGCCUAUACUUCCUGCCUGGCCACUGCCAAUCAGUGAUUUAUUCAUUGACCAAUCAGCAACACAUUUGACAUACAGACCAUCCCACAGCAUCUGUAUUUAAUUUUUAUAUUUAUGGAAGUUUGAGUUAGUAAUAUCUUUUCAGUAAACAUGACCUCAAGCCGGGUGGUGGCGACUCAUGCCUUUAAUUCUAGCACUCAGGAGGCAGAGGCAGGUGAAUCUCUGUGAGUUCGAGGCCAACCUGGUCUACAAAGUGAGUUCCAGGACAGGAUCCAAAAGCUACAUAGAAAAACCUUGUCUCAAAAAACCAAAACCAACCAAACAAACAAACAAAAACAUGACCUCAAAUGCUGAAAGCUUUGGUCUGACUCUUCCCUAAUUUUUGGGCAUAGCCUUUUUAUUUGCACAGCACAUUUUGAGCCCAUCAGUCUGUUCCUGCAGGAGCCCAUGACACUGACUAGGCGUUCUAUCCUUUCUCAUCUGUGUCCUACAGCGACGUCACCCUGACCCAUAGGUCUCAGCUUCCCGGUUCGGUUCUGCUUUUCUCCUUCUGCUGUUUCCGUUUCUCAUGGUGAAAUUUGAAUGAUUCUAAAUGUUGUAACACAUAUGCUAAUUCACCUUAUUUUCUGCAAGCUUCGUUGUGCUCUCAAAGCUAUCCUAGCCUAUAGAAGUUCCCUUUUGUCUUCACAUGGUCAGGCAGGCUCAGAAUCUUGGUACCAGAUCAGCAAUGUGGAAAUACUGUAUAUUUGCAUUCCUUGUGUUACAAAUUCCUCUGUACAGGAGACAGCAGAUUUUAUUUAGUUCAAAUUAAAUAAAAAAAUCCUCUUUGCAAGUUCAA